UUCAGCUCCUGAUCAGCCCAGGCUUGUCUUGGCAAAAAAGAGGAUGUUGAUGGGAAGGCAGAGAGACCUCCUCCAGCCACUAUGCUUAGACAAACUUUGGGUAGCUCCAAAUUCUGGUGUCCUCUUGGAUUCUUUCUCUACAGGACCUGAAGCAGGGAUGUGCCAGGAAGCAGGUUGGUGAGCUGCAUGGUGAUGCUCAGUCAGCACUUGGGGAGCGAGGAAGAGAAGGAGCUGGACCUGGACAGGAAGUAGGGAAUUUAAUCCCUACUCUGGCUUGCUCAUGUUGGUCAUGAAUGGGGGUCAGCAACAGGAGAGACUGCUUAGCUUGAGAGGCUGUGCCUGACUUAUGCACAGCUCCCACCACAGAGAUGUUUCACGUAAAGGGAGAAAGGUGAUAUGUGUUCAUUUAGUUCACUGUAACUCUGAGGUGACAGUGACCCUCUCAGUAUUACACCUAUAAUUUUGAAGUACCUUCUAGCUUUUGGUUCCUUUUAUCCUGUGUCAUUGGUUAGGGAUUAAGGAAAUCACACAGGUCACUAAGAUCUGCUUGAAGGAAUCUCCAGUGACUCGCUUUUGUCUAGGGAUCUUUGCUGAAGAAAUGUGAUUUACUUGUUUUUCUUUAGGAAAAUCAAGUUUUCUGUUCCAUCAAAACAGUUCCAGGUUGAAGGUGGAGGAGAGCUAGAAAUAUUAUGGUGGUGGGUGUGUAAACACCUUUUGACUUACAUGUUAAAGCAUCUUGGCUUUUCCAAGUAACUAGAGAACUACUUUGUGAUGCAUUUCUGUGUCUGAGAUGAAUUUUGAAUGCCAGCAAGAUAAUGAGAUUUAUCAAAUAAAAAGCCUGUCUUUCACUUUGUUCAAGCUUGGCCUCAUGCCUCAAAUACAUGGAGUUUAGCUCAGAAGCAGCUUGUAAUUUGUAUCACAAAACCACCGUGUGCAAUGCGUGAUGGAUGGUGGCCACUGGGUGCGGGAGGUUUGCAGUCACUGACAUUCCUGCCUGCUCAAAGUGGCUGCAAGGGCCAGGGGACCAGUGAAUGGCCACCACGAGGCUACCGUGGGAGGGGCUGAGGAGGUGUUUGCCUUCAUAAAUCAGGGAUUCAGGUUCAAUGGCAAUCACUCUUUAGCAUGAACUUGCGGGAUGUUCACAAUGCAAGACACAGUGCUGCUUUUAACGUGGAUGGGGAGAUGAUUCAGGACUGGUACAGCUGCUUCAGUGAUCUGGUAGUAUACAUCCCGUUAUCAUUAUUCACUCACAUUAUUCACUGUUAGAAAGCUUUCUAACAAUUCAUGAUAUUUCUCAAGCUCUCAUCCCCUCCUCUCUCUUUCUAAAAAAACUAAUUUAAUUUUAUUAUUAUUAUUAUUCAGAUUCCUGCUGUAUACAUCCCCCAAGCAAGUGGGAGGGGGAGUUGGUGGGUGAUGACUUGGCUUUGUUGGAACUUCACUUAAUGCAGGGUGGGGGCAGAGAAAAUGAAGCUAAAUUACGCAGAUCCUGAAGGCACAGCUAGUGCACUGCAUCACUUGUGAGCAUGACUAGAACUGAAAAUGAAUCACAGCCUUGUUAGACACGGUAUGUGUCAGUGCAUGUGGGCAGAAAUAUCAUUCAGUGAGAGAGAGAAAAAGACAGAGAGACUACAUCUUUUAAAGUGUGCUGGUCCCACUGAAAUCGCUGUAGUAUUUAACCUCAUGGGUGAGAACUGGGGAACAGUGGGGCUGUUCCCCAGGAUACUUUACCUUGUCAAUUUUUAUUCCUUUCCGAAGGUUCAGAAGGAGUCUGGAUUUGUCAGCAGUGACAUCUAUUUUCUAAACAAUAAAAGGCUAUAAUUGCAAGCUGAAGUUUGAACCCACUGUUGAGGACUUUAAAAUACAACCACCCAUUUGGGGCUAGAUUCAGCUCAUGUGUUCAUUGUGCAUUAGGAAGCAAAUGUGAUUUGCUCUUUGUGCAAACUUUUGAUGGUUGCAUGUGCACACGAACUCACAGUAUACACACGUGCACACUGGGCCAGUUGGCAUAUUCCAGAGACAAAUAUCCAGCCUGGAACUGUAACCCUGGUUCUUGCAGCUGUAUAACUCAAACAUUCUAUUUCUAGAAUGGAAAUUGGUUUUGCAGUUCAGUUGCAGUGUGACAGAGCCACGUCAGGUGAUUUAAUGGGGAGAUGCUGGAAUCAGCUGGCCACUGAAACCUGCUCUAUCUGUGUUUGUGUUCCAGAAGAUACUUGCCACAAGUGAGAGCAACGUUCCUAAAGAGGCUCUCCCACCUCCUGCAGAGACUUAUCCAUUGCAGCCAACGAGCAGCAGCCAUCUUAAAAUUCCCCCCUUGGCUCACUAAAACCACAUUUUUGCAAAGGCAGAUGGAAUCAACCAGUGUAUUCUUUAAGGGAUUUUGGUUGUACAUUUGUGAAUGUUGUGCUCAGUGCCUGUGCUCAGUCAUUGGCCUGUUAUGUAUGAUGUGUUGUAUAAUUUAAAAGCUGAUGAAUCUAGGCAGUAGCCUGAGUUUUUAAUAAGUGGCUAGAGAUGUGUGGUUUUUCCUCUAUCCCCCUCCCACAGACCAGGUGCUUUGUACUUUCUGAACAUGCAGUGGUUUUUGAACGUUGUGAAGGAUGUAAACUGCAGCUGAGAACACAACAGUGCACCUCCCCCGGCCAAAAAAAAAAAAAAAAAAACCAAAACAAAAAAACCAAGGAAAAAUUAUAAAACCCCCACCAUCAGUAGCUUUCUUAAAUCCUGGUCAUAAUGUGGCAUUCCUAGAAUGUCCAUAUUUGCUAAAUUAAAGAGGGAAAAUGAGGCUAGCUUGUGAUUUUCUGACUCUUAAUGUGACUUUUUUGGGAGGAAGGCAAGGAAUGGAUCCGUACUUGCGACAAGUUAAAAAUAAUUUUUAAUUACUUGGAGUAAGAACAUGUUCUGAAAAGUAAAGAUUUUGGACCUAAUGUGCAUGGAACAAAAGGCCGUUGUGAGCUAUGUACGAGAGUUGCUGCGAGUUUGUAUUCUGCCCUUUUUUUUUUCUGUGGGAGUUAUUUCCUGUUGUUGACUAGAGUUCUUUAUUUAGAACCACCUAGCUACUGAAUGACGGCUCGCUUGCAAGAAGAAAAAGUGUGAUUAAAACUUGCUAAGGCUUAUUCCAAGAUCUCCCUACUUCCAUUUAUUUAAGGGGAAUCUUCGCUAAAUGAAAGAAAGUGAAGUUCAAAACAACAAAUGCAUUUUCUUCUCAUUAUUGCGCCAACACCGGCUGUGGCAGCUAGAAAAAAGAUCUUGGGAGGCUGAGGUCUUUCACCUGAACAUCUCAUGGAAGGUGGUGUUUGUCUAAGAGAGGUGAUUUGGUGUAGGUUGUUCUGGUUUUAAGAGAGAAACAAACCCAUCAAAUGCCAGGGCUCCCUUUUUGCUGGGGGCAGCUCUUUCUAUGAACCCCACAGGUCAAGUAAGGAGCGGGCACUUGCACUUUCCCAGCUGCUCAGAGAAAGAAGAGUUUCUUUGAAGAGCACUGCCAGCAAAAAGAAGUUUCUGUAUGCUGACCUGCUUGGCAAUAGUAUGUGGGUAUGUGUGUGGAGUCAAAUUAUCAGCACUUUGACAGCUGCCUAACUUCUUUUGCUCUUGUGGCAGGUUCUGAACAUCCAGCAAGAGUACAGUAAAGUUAGCAGAAGAGCAGAUUCAGAGGAAAAAAGAAAAAGAUUUAACAUGAAGGUUAUCUCUACUGUAGGUAAUAGAUAGCGCCUGGUGCCGAGCGCUUCCCUCCUUCCCCCAAGUCUUGGCGCGUUUGAACAUCUCCGUUUGGCCUCAUUUUUGUGCUUCGCUGGUACCUGCACAGCCCAAAUUAGCAGCGAGGAUCCCACGGACGGGGGCCGCCGCCUCCCUCGGCUCCCAGAUAUAUGUUGGGGAAAGGAGGAAAGCGGAAGUUUGACGAGCAUGAAGAUGGGUUGGAAGGCAAAGUGGUGUCUCCCACUGACGGUCCCUCUAAGGUGUCUUACACCUUACAGCGUCAGACUAUCUUCAACAUUUCCCUUAUGAAACUUUAUAACCACAGGCCAUUAACCGAGCCAAGCUUGCAAAAGACAGUUUUAAUUAACAACAUGUUGAGGCGAAUCCAGGAAGAACUCAAACAAGAAGGCAGCUUGAGGCCCAUGUUUGUGGCCGCUUCGCAGCCUGCCGACCCUCUCAGCGACAACUUCCGCGAGGCGCAGCCGGCGUUCAGCCACCUGGCCUCGCCGCCCCUGCUCCCCGCCGACCUGGUAAGCACUAUGCCCCUGGAGUCCUGCCUCACCCCCGCCUCUUUGCUCGAGGACGACACUUUUUGCACUUCCCCGGCCGUCCAGCACGACGGCCCGACGAAGCCAACACCUCCUGCUCUCCAGCCAGUAAAGGACAGCUUCUCCUCAGCCUUGGACGAAAUCGAGGAGCUUUGUCCAGCACCUACCUCCGCAGAGGCAGUAGCAGCUGAAUCGGCAGCCGGCGACCCUAAAGCCCAGCCCGGCGAGUCCAACAUCAUCCACAAGCCCGAGGGCCUCCCGGAGAGCAGAACGGCUGAACCCAAACUCAUGGAGCCCCUGCCUGGCAACUUUGAGAUCACAGCUUCCACAGGUUUCCUCACAGACUUGACCCUGGAUGACAUUCUGUUCGCUGACAUUGAUACGUCCAUGUAUGAUUUUGACCCCUGCACGUCUGCCACGGGGGCUGCCUCAAAAAUGGCUCCUGUCUCAGCAGAUGAGCUCCUAAAAACUCUCGCUCCGUACAGCAGUCAACCAGUAACUCCAAAUCAGCCUUUCAAAAUGGAUCUCACAGAACUGGAUCACAUCAUGGAGGUGCUUGUUGGGUCUUAAAAAUAUUAGAAAUAUAGCAACUUUUGUUUUGUCUUUUUUCUUUUUCCUUUUUUUUUUUUUUAAGUACCAGUAUAUACACUUGGUAGUAUUUCCAUAGUUCCUCCCAGCCCCGAUUCACAGCACUGUGCAUGCAUCCUUGCUUGCCUUUUUUGAAAAGAAAAGGAUCACACUAGUUUUUGCUUCGAGCAGAGUUGGAGUGCCUUCAUCCAUGUAUGACCACUUCUAAUGUAUUUUUUUUAAAGUGGUUCCUCAAGGAAGACUGAAUAUCCUGGUAUAGGAAAGAAUAUGUAUUGUAGAUAAUGUUAUGUUAUUACAAAAAAAAAAAAAGAAAAAAAAUGGGAAAAAAAAGGUAAAAGCUAAGCACAAGGAUUAUGUUGGGGAAAGCUGUAAAUUGCAUGUGCAUACUUGUCUAUUUUUUCUAUAAGUUUUAUUGCAAGAGGUAAAAAAUUUUAUUAUUUAGAUAAUCUCAAUACCAUUUUAGCCCUGUAUAGGUUGACUUUAGCAAUUCAGCCUUUUGGAGGCAUUAACCUGCUCCUCUUUAAGUGUUGCAUUUACAUGGCUGUUUAGAAACUGCUGCCCAAAUUUAUUUUAUAUUUUUGUACAGAUUCUGCAGUUUAUGGUAUUGUUUUUUCUAAAAACAAAUGCUGUUUAUACACACAAAAAAAAAUAGCUAUUUUGAUAGGAUUUGCUCACAUAGUUCCUGCAUAAUUCAGAUGUACAAGAACCACUUGUACUUUUAUACAGAGUUGUAAUGUUUUAUAUGUGUAUGGUGCAAAGAGAAAAUUGGAUCAAAUAAGCCUGCAGUCGGUUUCCCUGAAUGCAAACAACAAAAAAAAAAGUGCUUUAAGAAAGGGCUGGGAGCUGCUUCUGCCGGAGUUUCACAAGUGUUUGCUCCCUGCUGUACCCACUGCGCACUACUGUGAUUCCUGAAACUUAGAGCCAUGUCCUUUUCCAACAUGUACGUGAAGCAGUUGGCAGGAAACAGUUGUGGAACUUCACCCCCGGAGGUCCUGCCAGACCCCCAUCCCGCCUGACGGAGCCUUAACCCGGCGGAGAUCGGCACCUCCUCGCCCGGAGCUCCUGGGAAUGCUGUGGGGGGAGCGCCGUGCCCGGAGCCCACUGAGAGCUGCUGCCUGUGGCAUCUCCCUGACAGAGCCCACCAAGAGAGAGUCAUCCUCCCUGGGCAUCCUCCUGACAGAGCCCACCCAGAGUCAUCCUCCCAUGGCACCUCCCUGACUGAUGGGCACAGGCAGAGAGCGGGGCUGGGAGCAUCCGCUCGCCCUUUCUUGGAGCAUUUCUCCUCCCCUCUCCCACCUCACUGUGCUAAGUGCUGAAAAAGGCAGCUUCAGUAUUCCUGCAGUGAAGCUCAUCUCGUACCUGCACUGGAUGGACGUGCUUUGGUAUCCAUUGCUGUCGAAACUGGAGCCGGUCGUGUGACAUCACUUGGCAUCUCGUCUAGAGUUGGGUUCUUGUAUCAACUGUGUUCCUGCUUUACACUUUAUAGACCCGUUUUACAAGGAAUAUACAGACACAGCUUUCUAUGCAUGGUCCCCCUCCCCAUAACACCUGAGAAGUCUUCUUACUGCACCAAUGGCUAUUUUUAUUUUUUUUCCCUGAGUUCGUUGUGGUGUACAUUUAAUUUAAAAAGAAAAAAAAAAAACAUUUGCAAUGUAUCAUGCCUAUUGCUGAAGUUGCUAUGGCAUUUUAGUUUUCCAAUGGUACUUUAGUUGUCGAGUGCCGGUUACAACCUAUAUUGUUGACAUGCCUAUGGCUUCUUUAGGAAUAACUUUUAUAUUUAUUUAAGAAAUUUUAAAUUAUGUUUUACGUCAUUUGGCAAUAUUCAGUCAAUUCUGCUCCCUUCUUGUCAUGGACGAAAUUGGGUCUUGCCUGCCUUUUGAGGAGGCGGCUUUUUAUAAAUUGGCACUUUAAAACAGGCCAUAUAUAUUUAUUAGUGUAUAGAUAGAUGUAACAUAGAUAUGCACACAGACACAGGAUGAGAGCAAACACAUUUUUGCAAUGAAGGAACUCCUAAUGGAAAUGAAAUGCAUCAUGUACAGCUGCGAAAGGCGCUGCUGGCUCCCAGUUCAUCUGUCAGUGAGAGACAGGGCUGGGGAGGAGGGGGCACUGGCCCAGGGGGGUGGGUUUGCUUUCUUCUUUUUCCCAGGCUGAGCUCCGUGAAGCACUGGGGUGCUGAUGGAUUUGCAGUCAUUACACAGACUAAAGACAAAAGGAAAUUAUUGCUUCAAACGGAGAACCAUUGCCCAAGUGUAGCUUUAGAGGGAGCAGGGGCAGGGAGGGCGGGGAGCGGGGGGACAGCUCCAGCCCCCAGCCAGCCCUUGUUCCACAGCAGCUCUCUGCCCUUGCAGGAGAACCCUCGAGUACCUGGAACACAAUCCUGCACAAACCUGCAACAGGCACUUGCCUUACCAUGGGUAAAAAGUCAUUUGCAGGACGCUGGAGCUGCCUGUCUUUUGGGAUUGCUGAAGUAUUGACACCUGCAUGAAUACCACCUGCUAGGCAAAAGCUCCCUGAUAUCAGUGCCCUUCUCAGAGACCACUGAAGCUUUUGUACCCAGAGCUGAGCUCUAAAUCCAGUUUGCCACUUGGGCAGUGUCUGUGGCUCCUUGGUGCUGAAGCGCAUGUCCUGGGGCAGAAUCCCUACAGGAAUCCCACAGGACAAAAACCUACUUGAUUGGUGGGACUCAGCAGAAGGUUGGGAAGGCUGGUGCAGGCCUGGGAAGGAAGGGCUGAGCUGUGGCUUUCCCCCUGCACAGUCACUGACUCUCUAGCUGGGCCUGUGCUGCGGUCCCAGCAGCAGCCAAGCAUGGAAUUUCUCUGAGACCUACACCAGGGAUGGAGAUUGACAUUAACGUGCAAUGAAGUGACAAGAUGGGAGCAGAAUAAGAGGGCUUUGGAUUUGAAGUGAUUUUUUUUUCUUAAAUUAUUUAUUCUUUUUUUUUUUUUCUUCUGUAAAUAUAUUUAUUUUAUUGUGAAGCUAACAACAUCUGGAUUGUAACAUGUACAGAAUGUAUGGUAGGAAUGUAUCCUCUUGUAGGAAUGUAAAUCUGUAUGAAAAAGGGUAUGGGAGCCAGAUUCAGAAAGAAUUAAUUGAGUUCCAGUCAGGAUAUGCAUGGAUCACAGGAUUUUUUUUUUCCCCCUAUACUCUUUUUCUAAUAUGGGUCUGGUUGUUUGAAAUAUGCAAAAAAAGGUAUGGAGGAGGGACAGGGUUAUGUUCAAACUGAGUCCCAAUCAGGCUCCUACCCCCCACUGGCUGCUGAGAGGGGCCUCCCUUGGCACGCUCCUGGAAUCUGCCACCGAAGGCAGGAGCAGAUGCAGCCAUCUCCAUCCUGCUGCCUGCGAAAGGUUUAGAAAAGAAAUUUUAUUUUUUCCCUUAUUUUUUUUUAAACACGCAUGGGAGGCCCAGCAGAAUUCCCUGGGCCAGGUAAUUCGGUUUUUCUGGUAAGAGCCUGGGUAAUUUAAAACUGAUGAUUUUGAAUCUAAAGUUUACACUUUAUUACUGUUAAAUUGAGUAUCUAGCAAUGGGUCCUGUCUGACAAACGGUUUAAUUCAUUCUGGCAUGUUUUGAACUUUUUGUUCUUGUUACAGGGUUUCUUUUGGUUUGGUUUUGUUCUUUUUUUUUCUCCUCCAACCCCCAAUGAGGCUUCAGUAUCCUGCUUCUGUGCAAGUUGCUUUUAAUAUUCUAUUAAUUAAUGAGACUGAACAUUUUAAAAUAAAUUAGUUAUUUUUAAGCACUUUUUUCUUUUUCUGAAAAUAAGCCUAAUGCAAGUUCUGGAACCUCUUUGAAAACACAAAUUGCAGAUAAAAUCCCAACCUCAAAUCCUAUCUUAGUUCUGAACGUAUUCCAUACUAGUGCCUGCAAAGGCCAAGAUUCUGGAAAAGGUGUAAAUAGUGUGACAUGUUCAGUGCAUGGUUGUUUGAACAGGGCUUGUUAUUGUCAAAAAAAAAAAAAAGAAAAAAAAGAAAAAAAAGGGAAAAAAAAAGAAAAAAAGAAAAAAGGCUGUAUUUCCCCUUCCCCUUCCACAGACCUUAGAGCUGUGCCUUUUCUAUGCAAUAUUACAGACAUCUGAAACCAGAUUACUGUAUUCACAUGUAGGUAUGGGCUGUAAUCAAACAAAAAAUACAAAAACAAUUGGACAAAUGUACAUGGAAAUGAGCAGUCUUACUUUUGUAGUUUUAUAUUAUACAAUAAACAAUUAAAAUAAAA